GAAAAACCCGUUUUUUGUCAAGGAGUUUUAAGAGUCUUCGCAUCCAGUUAGAAAAUUAAAAAGUGCAUAUUCUAGAUCAGAAUUUUAUGCUCUUUCGAAUGGUAUGGGUCUCGUUCAAUGCGGCAGACAUCACUGUAACGAUGGUAGGAUACCCACGGAACAGGCCAUAUGCAAAAUAAAGUAUAAGUGAUUAGAGAUAUGUAUUAGUGUUGAAAAAUGUUUUCUUUGUUAAAUACAUUAUUAUUUAGUUAUAUACUUUGUUAAUAUUUUGUACAGAUGUUAUGGAAUUUGAUUAAUAAAAUUGAAAAGUUUAUAACAGACAAAAACAAUUUGACUAAAUGUUCUUAUAUCGAUGAUGGUAGGCGAUAAAAGGUGUAACGUCGUAUAUAAUAUGGAAAGAGAGGAACGAGAGCCAAAAAAAUUUAAUUUUCUCCCUUUUUCUCAGUGAAGGUGCACGCAACUGAAACUUCAAGUUGAACUUUUUUUCUAGUUAAGUCAAACAUGGUUGAAUAGAGCGCGAUGAGCUGAGUAAGAAAACGUGGUUUUUAACUUUUGCAAAAAUGCUUUACAGUCGAAAAUUUGAAAGCACAAGUUUUUCUUAGAAAUAUUUUGUUUUGUGAGAUAUUCCCCAAUCUUAAGGCUAUGCUCAUUACUGACGUGAAAAAAUUCCCCAGCCUCCUUUUUUAACAAUAAACAUUUUCCAACUAAAAGUAGAGAAACAAUAUGGCCUUCUUUUUACAAAAUAAUCUCAUUUAAGCCGAUUCUAGCAGAUGUAAGCUUCCAAUGUUUUACUAAUAAUUCUAUAAUAAGUUGAAUAAGUUCCCUGACUCUGGCUGAUAAAAAUUUCAUACUUCAGCCAAAACUUCUUCUGUACGUCUUAAACCUUUCCGUAUGUCGUCAUACUGAACGAGAGCUCUUCUGAAUUUUUCACCACACAAUGAGAAAUGUUCCUUUUAUCUGUGUUGCUGAAACCUUUUUUCUAUCUUGAACCGUCUUUCAAAAUUAGAUUUGACUCCAGGUCCAGUAGCGUUCUACGUGGCCACAAGUUUAUGUUAUACUGGUACGUUUGCAACCAUACCAUUAAUUAUCUCAUGGAUAACGAAUAAUAUUGGAGGUCAAACAAAACGAAUAUUAACACUUAGUGUUGUUGUUGGAUUUGGCAAUACUAGUGGUAUUAUGUCACCAUAUACUUAUUCAAAAAAUUAUUUUAAUGGACUUGUAAUUUGUUUGAGUUUUAUGUGUUGUGCAUUAAUAUCAACACUGAUCUUGAAACUUAAACUAAGAAACGAAAACACCAGACGUGCUAAUUUAACUCAAGAACAACGUUUGCAAGAAUUAGAACGGGAAGAACUAUAUGACUGGCAUCCAGACUUUACAUAUACAACAUGA